AGACACUUUUUGUCUUAUUGCAACAAAAUUUGAAUUUGCCCUGAUUUGGAAUACAGAUUUCAGAGAUAAAACAUUCAAUGGAGCCUUUUCCAAAGCUGCGCCACGGCCACCAGGCAUGCAUGGUUCGUCGUACUCCUGUAUCUCCCUGUCCCACACCAGCACAUGAAGGAUCAACUGAUGAUCUUGUUCCAGUAAUUUGUACUUCUGUUUUGCUAUCUGAGUAUUACCCACCAUUUACUCAAUGGGAAAUGGAAUCAAAAAUUAAGGGAGGAAAGAUUCACAGAGGUUUGGGAUAUUUUAAUGGGAACAAAUUUGCAGUACCAAGAGACAAUGAUGUUUCUGAAAACCAAAUGGAAUUUCCUAAACUUGAUAUAAAUCGGGAAGUAUCUGUAUCAAAAUACAAUGCAAAUAUCAACAAAUCAAGAACUCCAGGUUUCUUUUUAAAUAUUUCUCACUUGCAAAAACAACUCAUUUCAGGAGACUUGCGGGGGAGGAGGUCCCUUCCAAAAAGUGAUCCGAUAAAAUUAAUAACAAGCUCAUCAAAACACCAUAAACAAAUGAUAAAGCAUAAUUCAACAAACACAAUAUCAAAGAAAUCCAGAGACCAGCUGUUUCCACCAAUUCUCGAUGUCUGGGCCCAAAAUGAUGCAAUGCAGAGGUCUAUAAGAUUAUGGAUUUGAUGGUGAAUAAACUUAAAGGGACACUAAAGCCAAAAUGAAACUCAUGAUUCAGAUAUUCAAUCUGUUUCCAUUAUAAAACAGUGCACAGUGUUUUUAUAUGAACACUACUACUGAGCAUGUGCAAGAGUUCACAGUUUAUACGUAUACGAGUCUGUGAUUGGUUGAUGGCUAU